UGCUGCAAAGAUUUGAGAAGCCCAUCUUUCUAAUCAUUUCUUAGAAUGCUUAAUAAGAAAACUAAUGUUUGAGACUCUUACAUUUGAGCUGAGAAAGAAUUAUUUUGAUGACUUCUGGAUACAUAUCCUGUGGACUAAAUGGGACAAAAAUAUAUGAAUCUCAUUGCUGUUUUUUGACUUUGUGUCUGCAGCUUGUCCUGCUGACAACUACAAACAGCACCCUGCCUAUAAGAGAUUAUGCAGGGCAUUUAAUUUUGGCCUUUGCUUCAGAGCUGGAGAGAGAGAGAGAGAGAGAGAGCUGUUCUGCAUUCUUGGCAAUUUGAUAUCAAAACACUGUUGCCACUAAAGUGCUGUCUGAAUUGCUUACACAGCAGACACAGCGUCAUAAAGUCUACCUUCUUGAUGUGACUCUAUGCCUGACAAGUUGUGAAAAUUUUACGUUAAAACAAUCUUCACAAUGGAUGGAAUGGAUUAUGACUAUUCAGGUGGAAAGACAAAGAAAUAUUGCAUUAGUGGCAAGUAUGUUGCUAUUAUCUGUGCAGUAGUGGCUGCAGUGGGACUGUCUGUGGGGUUAGGAGUUGGACUUACAAGACCUGAGCCAUGCAAAAAACCAGAAUACCCUUCAGUGACAACAAAUCCACCAAGUAUACCAACAAGUACACCUGCUGAUAUGGGACCAUGUCCACCUUCUGUUGAAACAGGUGAAUGGGACAGUUUUCGGCUGUCAACGUCUGUGAGUCCAGAACACUAUGAUCUGGAAAUUGAGCCUGAUAUGGAAGGAGGUACUUACACAGGGACUGUUACCAUCCAUAUUAAAGUGCAACAAAACACACGCUAUCUGAGGCUACAUAUUCGAGAACUAAGCAUCACAGCAAAGCCACAGCUCCAGAUCCAGUCAGAAAGUUCAUCUCUGCAAGAUAUUUCCCUAAGCAGGUGUUUUGAGUUCAAGAAGCAGGAAUAUCUGGUGGUGGAAGCAGAUCAAGCCCUUCAGCCUACACAAGCACUUCAGGUUUACCUGCUGACACUGAAGUUUAAAGGCAGCUUAGAUGGCUCUCUGGUUGGAUUUUAUAGAACAUCCUAUACCGAAAAAGGGCAAAAAAUAUACAUUGCAGCCACGGAUCAUGAGCCCACAGAUGCUCGAAAAUCCUUCCCCUGCUUUGAUGAGCCCAACAAGAAGGCAACAUACAGCAUAUCCAUUGUACAUUCAGACCCAUAUAAGGCCAUCUCAAACAUGCCUGCACAAUCCUCAACAGUACUGAACUCUGGCAAGUUUAAAACAACUUUUGAAAAAUCUGUCCCAAUGAGCACAUAUCUUGUUGCUUUUGCUGUUCAUCGAUUCACAUAUGUUGAAAGGAUCUCAUCAAGGGGGAUUCCACUGAGAAUUUAUGUACAGCCAGAACAAAAAGACACAGCCGAGUAUGCAGCAAAUGUAACCAAGGUCGUGUUUGAUGCAUUUGAAAAAUACUUUAAUAUGGACUACUCAAUAGGAAAACUAGAUAAAAUAGCUAUUCCAGAUUUUGGAACUGGAGCUAUGGAGAACUGGGGGCUAAUUACAUAUCGAGAGACCAACCUGUUGUAUGAUCAAAAUGAAUCUUCUUCAACAAAUCAGCAAAGAGUGGCUGCUGUGGUAGCUCAUGAAUUAGUGCACCAGUGGUUUGGCAAUAUUGUGACAAUGGAAUGGUGGGACGACUUGUGGCUGAAUGAAGGCUUUGCCAGUUUCUUCGAAUACAUUGGAGUAAAUGCAGCUGAACCAGGCUGGCGAAUGUUGGAUCAAAUGCUGGUAGAUGAUUUCUUUCCUGUUAUGGCAGACGAUGCCUUGCUGUCUUCUCAUCCUAUAAUUGUGAGUGUAUCUACACCUGCUGAAAUAACUUCAGUGUUUGAUGGCAUAUCCUAUAGUAAGGGUGCAUCAAUUUUACGCAUGCUUCAACAGUGGAUGGGUGAAGAAAAUUUUCAAAGCGGAUGUCAGGCAUACUUAAAGCGGUUUAAAUUUGAGAAUGCCAAAACAGAUGACUUUUGGGAGGCACUGGCACAGGUGAGCAAAUUGCCAGUAAAAGAAGUGAUGGACACUUGGACAAGGCAGAUGGGGUACCCUGUGUUAACUUUAACGUCGCCACAGACAGUCAACCAGUCCAGAUUCCUUUUGGAUCCAAAUGCAGAUCCUUCUGAACCACCUUCUGAACUGAAAUACAAGUGGAAUAUUCCAAUAAAUUGGAAUGUACUUAAUGGGACAAAUGGAUCUAUAUUUUAUAAUAUGUCACAUCAAGGAGACCUUACGUUAAAUGGUUACAGCCCUACUGAUGGGAUUUUGAAAAUUAAUUCAGGGCAUGUUGGAUUCUAUCGUGUGCUGUAUGCUACAGAAAGCUGGGGGAAAAUUACAGAACAGUUGAUGACAUCUCAUAAGGGCUUUAGCACUGCUGACCGCGCUGGGUUUUUUGAUGAUGCCUUUGCCCUGGCAAGAGCUAAUCUUCUUGACUAUGGGAUAGCAUUGAACCUAACUCAGUACCUGACAAAGGAAAAUGACUACAUGACAUGGCACAGAGUAUCGUCUGCUUUAUCGUACAUCCGAACUAUGCUCGAAGAUGACCUGGAGCUUUAUCCUAAGUUUCAGAAAUACUGGCGUGCCCAAGUUAAACCUAUUUCUGAUCAGCUCCAGUGGCAGGAUACAGGAAGCCAUUUGGAAAGGUUACUUCGUGAAACAGUCUUGGGAAUUGCUUGCAGAAUGGAAGAUGAAGAUGCCCUUGCUAAUGCAUCCAGAUUAUUUAAGGAAUGGCUUGCUGGAAAAAGCAUUGAACCGAACCUUAGACUUCUGGUUUACCGUUAUGGAAUGCAGGCUGCAGGAGAUGAGACAUCAUGGCAGUACAUGUUAGAGCAGUACAGUAUGUCUACGCUAGCACAAGAGAAAGACAAGCUACUCUAUGGACUUGCCUCUGUACAGGAUGUAAAACUCUUGAACAGAUACCUCACUUAUAUAAAAAACUCUACCGUCAUCAAAACUCAAGAUGUUUUUACUGUACUACGGUACAUUUCUUUUAAUAAGUAUGGGAAAACAAUGGCUUGGGACUGGACACGACUGAAUUGGGAGUACCUAGUUGACAGGUAUACUCUUAAUGACAGGAACCUUGGCAGAUUAAUUUCCAGAAUAACAGAUUCCUUUAAUACAGAACUUCAGCUCUGGCAGAUGGAAAGCUUCUUUGAGCUGUAUCCAGAAGCGGGAGCAGGAGAAAUGCCAAGAAAACAAGCACAUGAAACACUAAAAAAUAACAUUGAAUGGGUACAUAUGAACAGGAAAGAAAUACAAGACUGGCUAGAUACUGUUGUUAUAACAUAGGAAAAAUGUCAUUCAUAGCACUCACAGACUGCUCUUUUCUUACUUAUUUGGAGGUUUGCCAGGUCUUUGUCAUACAUUUGUUAAAAAUAAGGAUGAUAUAAUUCCAUAGCUUAAUUGUUAAUACUACUGAAGCAUUUGUAAGGAUACUUAGCAGGAAUUAUUCUCUCUAUAAAAACAAAACAAAAAAAUCAGAAGCCAUACCUAUGUAAACAUUAUGUCUUCUGAUUUCAGCCAUCCAACCAUAUUGCAUUAAAAUGUCUAAACGAGAAUGCUUAAUUUUAGAUUAGAAAACACGAAGCAUAACAUCAUUUGUGCUGUGCAAAUCUGACUAAUAUUCUUUCACUCACAUUGUGAACUGUCAUGAAUCAAGAAAAAAAAAAAAACAAAUACCAGCAUUUUAUAUAUGUACAGCAGAAUGGUGCCAGAAUAAUUUGUUUACAUUUUACUUACUUGGAUUAGCAUUUAUAAUGAAUGUCAACAUGCUGCAAAUAACUGUCACUUAUAUGUCUUUGGCGUUUUCAUUUGCUAAAACUUUCUACUGGUACUGUUGUUUACUUAAGCAAGUCAUAGAGCAUUAGAAAUGAUUCACUAAAAUAGUAUUUUAUUAAAUAAACACAAUGUACCUUGCUUUUAAUGUAUUAUUUAUUUGAUUACUAAAGCCAAAGAAUACUGCACACAGUUAACCAUGUACUAAAUAUAAAACAGAAACCCACAGUAUUGUACUGUACUGUCAGUUAUAUGUAACCUAUAGCAUAUUGCAGAUUGACUUUCCAAAGUGCACCUUUUACAGAUAUUUUAACUCUUAAAUAUUGUUAUGGUUUCAAGAUGUUUAUCAGGAGCACAUUUUAAACAGCAGAAAACAGAAUAGCCAAAAACAGCUGUAACAUUCACUGGAGGCAAAGUUUGGUCAAAAUAAAAAAAGGUGCAGAAUAGUACAAGAUGAAGCAAUCUGGUGUAGACGUUUGUUUACAUUAUCUGUGAAUGUUGAUAUUGUAUAUGUUGCAUGCUUUUUCAGUUCUCCCUCAUGGCCUGGCUGUACAAUCAAGCACGGAUGAGUAUGUAGUCUAAACAAUUGUCAUAAUGAACUGUUUCUCACACAAGACAAUCUUCCAAAAUGUCAAGUUAAUAAAAUGCUGUUUUCCCUGCUA